AUGUCUUCAUCGCAGCAAUCGUCACUUCCUGAAAACCAAGCCCCAGAUCAAAACCCAGAGCAUGACCAGGACGACCAUACUAUGAUGGAGGCUCCCGAUUCUCCUCCAGAUACCCAGUCGGUCUCAGCCUCCAGCCAGCCCUUCUCCGCUCAACAACCCACCUCUCAGUCAUCAGGCGGCAGCCGCUCUAACACGGAAGCGAAGCUCAACCAUGGCGCACCAGGCUCGAGCUGGAAUAACAAGAAGUUCUAUGAGGAGUACGAGAGGGUAUAUGCUCAGGUUAUAGACCAAUCAUGGGAUAACAGUGAGUUCAGCUCCCGCGCGCACCUUUUGGAAGAGCUGGGGACUGAUGGGUUGGAUAGCCAAAUACGGGGAUCCUUUACUUAA